ACACACCCAGCCACGGGUUUCGGGGUGCACCAGCUCUCCAGGGCCAGGAGAGUACCCUUGGGUGCUGUCUGUGCAGGUGUGAGGCCCCCCCAGGGCAGGCAGUGGGUGAUGGAGGAGGAGGGUCCUGGGGACAUGGAGGGGCUGGUGGAGCCAUCUUUGUGGUGCAAGAGCCCAAGUGGACCGGACGGAUGGGCAGCGGCUGGCAAGGCUGCCUGCGUGCCCCUGCCCGCUGGGGGCCCCCCCGCCAUGGCCAUCGUGCAGACGCUGCCAGUGCCCCUUGAGACAGCUGCUGAGGGGUCUGCGAAGCUCCGCACCGCCACCCACUCGCCCCCCGCCGCCAUGGGCAGCGUCGGCAGCCUCCUGCCCGGCCGGCCCCGCCACGACUGUGCUGGCCAGCCCUGUGAUGGGGGGCCCCCCACCGCCUCAUUCCGCAAGCAGGAGGGGCUGCUCCGGGCCAGCCCCCGGGAACCCCCAUCCCCUGAGGAGCCCCGCAUGGCCGUGCCCAGUGUUGCCCACGCCUAUGCCAACGGAGGCUUCUGCGGCGACUGGCUCGACGCCCCCUCUCCUGCCAGCCUCUGCAGUGACUCGGAUGAGCCCCACGAUGACCGAGCCCCUAGUGAUCACCUCCAGGGGCCACCCCCCAAGCUGGUCCCUGUCUCUGGCAAGCUGGAGGAGAACGUGGAGAAGACCCUGAUCCGCCCAAUGGCCUUCAAACCAGUGGUGCCCAAGCUCCGGAGCACCCAUCCGGGCGUGCGCCCAGGGCUCUCAGAGAGCCAGGUGAGCCUCACCCACUUGCUGGGUGCUGAGAAGCCCGGCUCCCUGAGCUGCCGCGCCAGCACCCUCUCGGAUUCAGGGCGCAACUCCCUCUCCAGCCUGCCCACCUACAGCACGGGCUGCAGCCAGCACCCUGAGGCGGGCACCCUGCCAGCCACCCUCCAUGGUCCCCCCGACCCCACAGGGGGCUGCCGCCCCUCCAACUCGGACAGUGGGCGCUCAUCUUCCAGCAAGAGCACGGGCUCACUGAGCGGCAGGGGCCGGCCGUCCUCAGAGAGCGGCUCCUGCGGGCGCUCGCCCCUGCCCAGCGAGGAGGCCAUGCUGGUGCGGGAGCUGGAGGACAAGCUGCGGGAGAGGGAGGCUGAGCUGCAGCUCCUGCGCGACAGCCUGGAUGAGAACGAAGUGGCCAUCUGCCAGGUGUACGAGGAGAAGCAGCGGCGCUGCGAGCAGGAGCUGGAGGGGCUGCGGCAGCGCUGUGCGGCCCAGGCACGGCAGGCAGCGCAGGCAGCACAGCGUGGGCAGCAGGUCCUGCAGCUCCAGGUGCUGCAGCUGCAGCAGGAGAAGAAGCAGCUGCAGGAGGACUUGGCCCAGCUGCUGCAGGAGCGGGACCUGCUGGAGCGACGCUGUGCCUCCUUCCAGCGUGAACACACGGAGCUGGCACCCCGGCUGGAGGAGACCAAGUGGGAGGUGUGCCAGAAGUCGGGGGAGAUCUCACUGCUUAAGCAGCAGCUGAAGGAGGCGCAGGCAGAGCUGGCGCAGCGGGGUGCCGAGCUGCUGGGGCUGCGGGCGCAGCUGCGGGAGGCGCGGGCGCAGCUGCAGGCAGGCGAGCGGCGGGCGCAGGGGCUGCAGGAGGCUGCUCGGCUGAAGGCACUGGAGCUGGAGGUCUGCGCCAACGAACUGCAGCGGCGCAAGAGCGAGGCCGACCUCUUCCGUGCCAAAGCCGGUCGGCUUGAGCAGGAGGUGGCAGGGCUGCGGGAAGCCACCCGUGGGCGAUGCCACCAGCCCGGCGAGGGGUGUCCCCCGCCUGCUGAGGGUUGUCCCCAAUCCAGCGAGGAGCCCCGUGGCAGUGCGGGGCUGCGGCGGCAGCUGGAGCGGCUGCGGGCAGAGGUGGCCCUGGAGCGGCAGCGCGGGCAGGAGCAGCGCGACGCCUUUGAGCAGGAGCGCAGCACGUGGCAGGGUGAGAAGGAGCGGGUGAUCCACUACCAGAAGCAGCUGCAGUACAGCUACAUCCAGAUGUACCGCCGCAAUCGACGGCUUGAGCAGCGGCUCCAGCAUCUCCGGCUCCAGGGCGAGGAGCCCCUGCCUGAGCCUUGUGACCCCCCUGGCCCCGACCCACCCUUCGAGGAGAUCACAGCCACCGAGAUCUGAGACACUGCCUUCCCUUGCCCUGUGCUUGGAGGGUGGAGGGAGCCUCCAGCCCCAUGGAUUUGGGGAGCCCCCUGCUCUCUCCCCAUCUCUGCAAAGACUGCUGUCACUGUGAGAGGGCAGAAGGGACCACAGGUGCUGCCCCCUCCUCAGCACUGUGAUGUUGGGGUGAGGGUACAUCCGCACCCAUCACAGUGGGGGGAUGCCUGUGAGAUGUGGGGCCAGGUGGGUGCUGAGUCCUGGCCUCAGGGCUGCCCAGAACUGGUUUCAGCUGAUCCUCUUAGCGCCCAAGGGAUUAGCAGCACUGGCUUCAGCCAGGGUCACCUUGGGCAGGGGGAGGGCUGGCUUGUCCCCUCCCUCUCAUCCCUGCUGGCACUGUCACCCAGCCACUUCCAAAGGCGAUGGCACGUGCCCUGUCCCUGCCUGUGCCAGCCUCCCCCUCCACCCCCGUGUGUUUGUCAGGGGAUCGUUUCUGUGCCAUUUUAAAUAACUCUAUUUUUAUAGGACCUACCAAAACAUAUCACCCUCGCUCAGCUCACACCGCACCUGUUUGUGUCCCCCCUCACCCCUGCCGCGGGGCAACUUACCCUCAGUGCCUUUCCUAUGCCCUCACCCCCAGCGUACCUCUGUUCCCCCUGCAAAGAAAUGCCUGGCCCAUGCCCUUGUGAUACCCAGACUGCCAGGGGAGAGGGGCACGGUGCUGGGAGUGACAGCUGGGGACAUCCCUGGGGUGGGCAGAGGUGAGGGGGCCCAGCUGGGCACCCAGACAGGGUGUCAAACCAAAGGAAAAGCCUGGCUGUGUCCAGCUCUGGCUUGGUCGCCCCCAGCUCCAGAGGGGGGAUUUUUGUACUUUAUUUCAGUCAUGUCCUGUUCCCAGAGCCUGGCUCGCCUGUGUACCACCCAGAAAUGCCGAUUAAAAACGAGCCCCUGGCUGUGGUUUUUUUCA